AUGCGGCUAGUAAACAAAGGACGCUUUUUACGACGAUUAGUAUCAGAGAAAAAUGCACGGAACCACGCUGGAUCCCGCAAUCUCGCAAUCUACUACGCCUUCGCUAAGCCAUUUGCACAUCCUUUAAUCUCUAUAUACCAUAUAUGGAUUUAUAUGAAUCUCGAGAUGGAGAAUAGUCCGCUUGAUUGCAAUGUUUGCGGAAAGGAGCUCUCAUCACCCCAUAUUUUGCCAUGUUUGCAUUCCGUCUGCGCCAACUGUUCGCCAUGUUGUUCGAGCAGUACCAGUUGCGGUUCUCCGGACCCAUUAGCAGAGUUCCUUAUAGAAACCGCACAUGAAACCACUGAAAUGUGUGCAAAUUGCGAGCAGACGAAACAACCUAUGUAUUUUUGUGAAACUUGCCAGCAAGCGUUGUGUCACGAGUGCAGAGCAGUUACACACAAGGCUAGGAUGUUCGCCUGUCAUCGCGUCGUGCUUGCUGAAGAUUCAGCACGUGUGCGUGGUAGCGUUUCAUGCCCACAACAUUCCGAACCGUAUAUUCUUUACUGUACUGAUCAGAAACGCUUGGCAUGCAUUCAGUGCUUCAACGAUCGUCCUCCUGAUGAUAGACAUUACUUCGUCUCUGUUGAUGUUGGUCAUAAGACCUGUAUGGAGAAAAUAGAGAAGUGGGCGAUGAAACUAAGACUCUAUCAGGCACGGAAACGAGAGGAACUGGAAGUUCGGGAGCGAAUGCUGGCCGAGCAAAAUAAGAGUUAUCGAACAGCUAAAGAAAACCUUUUUCAAUUGUGCCAACAAAUUCAUGAUACAGUUCUUUCUACACGUGAUCGACUAGCGCAAGAGUUGGAAAGGAGUCAAGAAGAUGCAGAGCGCAUAUGCAAAGAACAAAUAAAAGAAAUCGCCGCAGUUAUGGGACCGAUAAGGCUUUGUUUGAUGUCUGCUCAAAUUCUUUGCUCAUCAGCGUCCGCUAUAGACGUUUUGCAGCUAUCGAGCGAGCUCAACAAAAGAGUACAAUCCAUUUUGUCACGUGCCAUCAAAAAGCUUCCCACCAUUCGCAGCAUAGAUCCUGUUGAAUCACGGACGGAAAUUGCCAGAGCUCUAGAGCCCUUCCUGGGUCUUUCUGCAGCUUGGUGUCCUAUAGCAGUAACACGUGAAGGAUCACAAGAAGGUAGCGGAAGCAUGAAGUCUUUCAAAACACGAUCAGGAUCGCAUUCAAUGCCAACAAUGUUGACGAAAUUUCAAACAAUGAUUGAUCUGUCAGGAGCUUUCGGAUCAAUUUUUGCAAGAGUUGAAGAGCCAUUGAAAGAUCUAUCUAUCGACUUGGGUCAACUUGGCGAAAGAGUGCAAGAAGCACAGAGAGACUUAACAAUGAGGCGCUGUCUGAUCAGGGCGAAUUCUAUUAACUCGAUGAUAAAAGAUUGUGCCGGUGUGGAGACACGUUUAGGCUUGCAUUCUGCCGUCCUAAAUGAUCUACAACCUGAGCUGCAACAAAUGUGGCAAGAACAGCUCGAUAGGGUUAGGCGACAGCAAAUCAUAUACAGAGAGAAGGUCGAAGAGUGUUUGUCGAUGAGGGAAACAGCUCGACAUGUGCUUACCGCUGCCAAACAAUUAGUACCAUAUGCAGCCUGCAUUGAGAACAUGAGCGCGCUUAUUGAUCCGAAAAGAUGCCACCCUCCUGAUCCAGCCCCAAUGGAAAGCAUUUGUAUGCAAAUCACUGGCAUAGAGCCAAAUAGUGAGAGCCGUAUAUUAGCGAUAGAAAAGGAAGAACAAAAUCGACGAGCAGUUCAGGAAGCUAAGAAGAGGGAGGAAUUGGCCGAACGAGGAACACCGGUGAAGGGGUUGAAACAUGCGAAGGCAAAUCGAAAAGACACUACAAGAUUGCUUGUAAAUACGAAUCGUGAAAGAAGCCCCGGCGGGACCGACUCAACUCUCAUCAGUCCAUGUCUCCUGAAAAGAAUAUCUUCUUCUGUUCGUGAAGAAACUGCUUCAGACCUGGAGAUGGAGUCUGCUGUGUGGCGGGAACAUUUUGAGUUGACUAGCGAGGAGAGACUGGAAAAGGCCGACUUGGCAAUCCAAGAAGAGGAACGAUGUAGCUCUUCCCUUUCGCUUACUGCCCAAAUUUGUAAUCACUCACCUUCGCUGCCUCCACUAGAGCAACUGCUCGGUCGAAUUCCUCUGGCCAACAGAGUAGUAGCCGAUAUUGGAGUGUCCCAUCAAUCCAUGCUGCAAUCGUUACAUGACAUGUUCGCUUGUCAACGAUUGGAGAACGUAACACCAGUGAGCGAGGAACCGAACAUGUUGGCCAGCGCUGUGAAAUCCGCUCAGAAGAUUCACGGACAGCCUGCGGCACCAACAAGAAGUGAGCAGAAGACGAUUGAAGAUCUCACGGAAGCUCCCAAGAAGAUAAAGAAAGAGCGACGACGUCGCAAGAAACGAAACGGCGAAGCGAUGGAAUGCAGAGAGGAACCUACUGCGAGUAAUAACAUAGCGAUCAGUGAAGUAGUGCCAGUUCCUGAUGUCCCUUAUGUUCCAAGUCGUGUGUUCGACACUAGCGACUUGCCGUUGGAGAAGUUGAGGUCGUUCGAAGCAAAAGAGAAGAUGUUGCGAUCGCUGAAGGAGAAGAUCGCUAGAUCCGAUGAAAGUUCUUAA